AUGUCAUAUUCUGGCAUUUCUAAUGGGGAAGAGGCAGAACGCCAUGAGAUUUCAGAUCUUUCAACUUCUUCUAGAAGUCAUUCGGAGUCUAAGGAUGAAUUCGAUGAAUUUGACUUAGGUAGAAAAUUGCAAUCCCCGAUACUCGGUCAUCAUUGUCAACUUCCUGAUCUGCCAACAAGCUGCGUACCAUCUACAAUUCUGGACACGUCCCUGCUACAUAUUCCCGUUUAUGCCCAUUUAAAGGUAUACGACCUGAAGCCUGUGCAGUUGCCGCAGGUACCAUCGAUCUUGUCGGCGUUGCAACUGCAAUUUUCGGAGGGUACCGUGCUCAGUAAAUCCUCGAGGGAAAUCUCGUCAACCGCGCGACUGAGCGAAGAUCAACUGUCUGCCUUGUGCAGCGCUCGAAAUAGUAAAAUUGUGAAUAAGAAACGACGAGCGGAAAUGUAGAUUAAUGUAAUAAACAAAAAAUGUAUUC